UGGCGGGUGGAUCCGCCGUUUAUCCGGAUGAAAUGGAUAAAGGCGCAACGUCGAAUCACAUCAGCAUCGGCCGGAUGCUCAUUAUGUGGCGACGCUCCGUCUACAAAGUCGUCUAUAAGGAACUAAUCGCCUUUCUUUUCACGUUCGGCACAAUUAGUGCCAUCUACCGUUAUGCCCUCGACGAAAAUCAGAAAAAGUAUUUCGAGGAAUCGAAAGCCUUUUUCCAGUCUUACAUCGAUCAUUUGUCGGUGCCGUUUCUUCUCGGGUUUUACGUAACUACCGUGGCUGGUCGGUGGUGGGCGCAAUACCUUACAAUCCCAUGGCCGGACAAACUGAUGCUAACUAUUCAAAUUUACAUCCCUGGUGAUGGAGAGGAAGUUCGAGUAUUACGACAGGGACUCGUCCGUCGAGCGCUGCUAAUGCUGAUCCUUUUGUUGCGUUCCAUCUCUUCCGCAGUACGUCGCCGCUAUCCGACUUUUCAGAGCCUCGUCAAAGAAGGGAUUAUGACUCGAAAGGAGAAACAGUGCUACGAAUCUGUAGUUCCAGUCGUCAACUUAUUUUGGGUACCUGCAACUUGGUUCGUUUCAGCUCUUAACGAAGCUGUUAGCGCUGGCACCUUAAAGAAUGAAUCCGGAGCUAAACUCAUCAUGGAGGAAUUUCUAGAAUUUCGCGCUAAUUGUGGCGCCCUUUGGAGUUACAACUGGGUCAGCAUUCCUAUGAUCUACACCCAAGUUUGCACAUUGUCGACUUAUUCUUAUUUCAUCGCCUGUCUGAUGGCCCGCCAGUACACGGGCCCUAGUCUUCAAUCGUUGGAAGACAUUGACAUUGUCCUGCCUGUCGGUACAAUCAUGGAAUUAAUUUGCUACGUUGGUCUCCUUAAAGUUGCCGAACAGAUCAAGAACCCUUUUGGAGAUGCUGACGAGGAUUUUGAUCUCAACUUUCUCAUCACUCGACAUCUCAGAACGGUUCAUCUUGGACUUGGUGACGUUGGCGAUAUUCGUUUGCCUUUGAUAGAGCCUACCGAUUCAAGCACAGUCCAUUCAACGGACGAUUCACUCCUGCUAAUGCCAGGCCAACUGAUGCAUGAUCAUCCACAAUCUACUUCGACCACUUUUAAUAAUCGCUGAAAACGGAGAUUUCAUACAAACACACCAUCACAACAAAAUUAAAAACAUGACCUUAUACGGAUAAAAUUA